AUGGAUUGGAAUGUAGUAGAACAAGCUCAAUGGAACAAGCUCAGCAGAGACUCACACAGCAGUUUGUGCCUGGUAUGUACUGGCACAGAUCAAGGUACCGCUAAACCAUACAACAGCGAUACUGCCGGAGCAAGGCAACAGUACUAUGAAGAUUUAAAGGAAAGAUAUACAAACUGUACAUACGUUGACGGAAACCUGGAAAUAUCCUUUCUCCAUGAGCAAGAAUAUGAUCUUAGCUUUCUCUCAUCGAUACGGGAAGUCACAGGAUAUAUUCUCAUUCUCUUGACGUAUUCCCGGGUGAUACCGCUCACAAACUUACGGGUUAUCAGAGGAACAAAGCUUUACGACGACAAGUACGCCCUCUAUGUUGCAUUGACGUUUCAUACAGGAGAUCCAGAAAUAGCUACAGAAGAGAUUUGGUUAACAUCAUUACAUGAAAUCUUGAAAGGAGAUGUAUACUUUCAUCAGAAUAAUCAACUGUGCUAUGUACAGACCAUUGCCUGGGAUGACAUGCAACCUGGUUUGGUAGCCAACUUCUCAGUAUGGGAUGAACAUCCACAACGUAACUGCUUAGAACACCAAUGUCAUGAAUCAUGCAAGGGUCGAUGCUGGGGUCCAGGAGAGGACCAUUGUCAGAUAUUAACGCUAAAAGAUUGCAGCUCAACAUGCGACUACCGUUGUCGAGGUCCUACUCAGGCGGACUGCUGCCACAGAAGUUGCGCUGGGGGUUGCACCAAUUCUUCUAAUGCUGGAUGUCUGGCUUGUCGGCAAUUCUCACUGGAUAACACCUGUGUGGAAAGCUGUCCUCGGCGAUACGAGUAUGAUAGAAAUACAUUCACCAAUGUGGAGAACCCAAACUUCCGCUAUUCCUAUGGUUCCAGAUGCCUCAAAGACUGUCCAAAUAACGUCUUGAUAGAUGGCGAUAACUGUGUGAAGGUUUGUGGGCCAGGAAAGAAAGAACAAAACAACCAAUGCAUUCCAUGUGAUGGCAUCUGCCCAAGCACUUGUGAAGGGAUAGGAGACGAUACAUCAUUAUCCUCUGUUCAUAUCAAGAGUAAACAGUUUGAUAAUUGCACCAAGAUUAACGGGAAUCUAAUCAUCACUUCACAUACCUUUACUGGUGAUGGUUUCGUAGGUACCACCCCCGUUGAGCCUAGUUCCUUGGAGAUCUUUAAGACGGUGAAACAGAUAACUGGUUACCUGUCAGUCCAAGGACUUCAUCAUGCUUUCACCAACCUCUCUAUCUUCAGUAACCUAGAGAGGAUUGAUGGUCGUAACUUGUACGGGGUCGGCGGUGCCAAGGCGGAUGCUGUAUACAUCACAUCAACCAACUUGGAUUUCUUUGGUACGACGAGUCUAAAGGAGGUAUCCAACGGUGACAUCACAGUCACAAGCAAUUCAAAGCUCUGCUACUUGCAGAGGCCAAUGUUUAAGUCUAUCAGAAAGUCAAACCGUCAGACUUUAACCGUUACUGGUAGUCGCAGUGAGGAGGAAUGUAUUGCUGAAGGUAAAGUCUGCCAUGAGCAGUGUGCUGAUAUUGGUUGUUGGGGACCAGGACCACAGCAGUGUGCUCAAUGUAAAAACGCUAUCAUUGGUGACACUUGUAUCGAGGCCUGUGACUUGGAAAAUGGUCAAUAUGUUGAGAUGGAGGCUACUGAUCAGGCUCCUGCGGUGUGUGAACAUUGUGAUGCAGAAUGUUCAGCUGGUUGCUCAGGCCCUGAACCAGACCAAUGUGACUGCCGGGCAGACUCAUCGGGUCACAACUGCAGAAGAAGGUGUCGUCAUGUCCAGGAUGGUCCAUACUGUAGGGCAGAGUGUCCAGAACUCAAGUUUGCCAAUUCUCAGAACAACUGUACCGACUGCCAUUCAAACUGCCUCAGAGGGUGUGAUGGUCCAGAGAAUAAUCUUGGUGCUAAAGGUUGUUGGGAAUGUCCUCAAGUUAUGCUUGACUUCACCAGAAAUGUGAUUGAGUGUAUGCUUAUUAAUACUCCUUGUGGUGAUGAUUACUUCUAUGAUCGCAUCUCUCAUUCAGAGAAAUCAGAUCCUCUUGCUGGGUCAGUGAUAUGUCAGCAAUGUGACCCUAUGUGUAUUGGAUGUGAUGGGGCAGGACCUCGACGAUGUAAGCAGUGUAAACUAUUCCAACAAGAUGAUGAAUGCGUAGAUGAGUGUCGGACUGGCUUCUAUCCGGAUGUGGAUGAUAUUUGUCAGCCCUGUCAUUCACAGUGCAGGAAUUGCUUCAAUGGUACAGAAUAUGAUUGUCUUCAAUGUGAAUCAUAUACAAUUAGGACUAGUUUCAACACUUUCUUUUGUGCACCCUCCUGUACACCGGAAUACCCCAAUGAGCUCAGUCCAUACGUCUGCGGCAAGGACUGCCCUUCUAUGCAAUUCCCCAAUGCUAAGUCAAAGUGUGAAGCCUGCCACAGUGAAUGCAAAGGUGGUUGCCAGAAUGGCACACGAAGUGGAUGCUUUGAAUGCAGGAAUGUUGUAGUGAAUAAGGAAUGUCGGGCAGAGUGUCCUGAUGCUUAUGAGAACGUCAAUGGAACAUGUCUUUACCUUCACGGGACAGACCAGACUGCACAGCCAAACCCAGGUGGAGGUUUGUCCAUCGGAGUUCUUGCCGGCAUCGUGAUCAGUGCCCUCAUCAUCUUCAUCAUUAUCGUCAUGUUUAUCAUGUGGUUCAAACGACGUAUCAAGAAUGAUAUGUACAUAGACAUCCCGCCAAACAUAGACUUAAAUGAUAUGAAGAGCAGUGAUUACACUGGAGCACCUCUGACACCCAGCAAUGUGGAACCUAACCAGGCUCAACUGAAGAUCAUCAAGGACACUGAGCUCAAGCUAGGUCCAGUCCUUGGAUCCGGAGCCUUUGGGACGGUCUACAAGGGUCUAUGGAUCCCAGAGGGUGAGAAGAUCAGGAUUCCUGUAGCUAUCAAAGCUCUAAGGGAAGUCUCACCACAUGCUGCUGAGGAAUUACUUGAGGAAGCAAAGGUUAUGGCAUCUGUGGACCACCCAUGUCUGCUACGUCUUCUGUGUGUCUGUAUUGCACAAAACAUGACAUUGAUCACCCAGCUUAUGCCAUUAGGAGCUAUCUUGGACUAUGUUCGCCAACACAAGGAGCAGAUAGGAUCUCACCAUCUCCUCAAUUGGAGCUUCCAGAUUGCUAGGGGAAUGGUAUACCUGGAAGAAAAACAUCUUAUUCAUCGUGACUUGGCUGCUAGGAAUGUCCUUGUUCAGAGCCCAGCACAGGUGAAGAUCACAGAUUUUGGUCUGGCCAAGUUCUUGGAGGUUGAUUCCAAUGAAUACAAAGCACAGGGAGGCAAGAUGCCCAUCAAAUGGUUAGCCUUAGAGUGCAUUCAGUUCAGGAGAUUCUCACACAAAAGUGAUGUAUGGAGUUUUGGUGUAACCCUAUGGGAGCUGAUGACCUUUGGAGGAAAACCCUAUGAGGGGGUCAAGGCCAGAGAGGUUCCUGAACUCUUAGAAAGGGGUGAGAGGUUACCCCAGCCUCCAAUCUGUACCAUUGACAUAUACAUGCUGAUGGUCAAAUGUUGGUUGAUUGAUGAAGAUAGUAGACCUACAUUCAAACAGCUGCAAGAAGAACUAGAGAGAAUGACCAAAGAUCCUCAGAGAUACCUUGUCAUCCAGAAUGAUGGUGCAUUAUCCCUGCCAAGCCCCACUCCUUCAGAUUUCUACAAGACCCUGAUGCAGGACACCGAAUCAGGAGCUGAUCCCAACUUACUCAUGGAUGCUGAGGAUUACCUACAACCUAUGAGCCUUACUGCACAUAAUCUCACCUAUGAGAGUCAGCAAGGUUUCUUCCCACCAAAUGGUGCUGCACCCAUGUCUCCCUCUGGCAAGCCAUCUGGUCCAGUGAGAAAGGAUAGCAGUCUUCAUCGCUACUGUCAAGAUCCAACAGUCAAGGGAAAUUUCGACAGGCAAAACAGUAAUAUGAGUGGCACUGAUCCAAGUUUGAAUGAUGACUACCUGAUUCCAAAUGACAAGCUAGAUAACUUGAUGGAAGAAGAGCAUGAUUACCAGAACGACCCCCGAAGACCAACAGACCUUGGUGAUAACUACCUCCCUCUGAAUGAUGGAACAGGUUCUCAACCGAUGGUAGCUGGUAUGAUGGAUAAUCUAGAAUAUCAUGCAUUGAUGGAUCAAGCAUCACAGGGAGCUAAAUCACCCAAGACACCUACUAUACAUACUGGUGAUCCAUGGACACCUAUGCAACAACAACACCCUCAUCUGAUGGCAAGACAACAUAGCACGCCCUCACAGCCAAGAACACCACCAGGUUACGGCCCCAUGUCACCAAACGUAAGCACAAGUACCCCUCUUCUUGGUGAUGUGUCCUUUGAGGGGCCUGUACCAAUCGGUGCUCCCAUCAUGAAUGGACAAAAUGGGAAUCACAAAGGCCUUUACCGCUCACCCCCACCCUCCGUUAGUUCUGGAAGCCUUGGUAGGAAUUCAACAAGGGGUAGUGAGAAUGACUAUGUCAACUCUGAUGUGGUGACGGAUCGUGGCGAGUCUACUGUCUGAUGAAUGGACAGAUGUACUUUCAAAAAGGCCAUGGCUUCCUUGCAUAAAACUAUUUUACGUUAUGGCCAAGCGUGCACUCUUUCCCAGAUGUCGACUGAUCCAUCACAGGCAGAAGAAUGGAUAUACAAAUUUAGAGAAAAGACUCAUUACUUAUACUUCAAAUAUUUUUUAUGUAAUGAUUUUCAAAUCAUGUUCAAAUUAUACCGUUUUCAUGAGCAACUUUAUAAAGUAUUUAGUAUCUGUAUGUUUGUGCCAAUAGUGUGAAAAAGAAAUUGACUCAAGUUUGGUUCAAGAAUUAAGCUGACUUAUCACAAACCAAAGCAUAUUUAUUCUCUUAAUUUCCUUGUAAAAGAAGGAGAAUGGAUAUAUUUUAAUUGUGUCCAAAUUAUUGAUUGUUUAGGACCGAAUCAAAAAGUGAAGUUAAUGGUGAACAAAUUUUUCAGCUCACCAAUCUUUGAUCAUUUAUUUUAUUAAGUGAUGAAUAGGAGAAACAUAUGUAAAGUAUUGAAUGUGUCAUCUCAACUAUGUUUGAAGAAUUAUCCAGUACUCUUUGAAACCACAAUUGUUUUUAUGUGUCCUUAACAUGUUGUAUGUAGAAAAAAUUUAUUUCACCCGAAUUGUAGCCAUAAGGUAUUACUAAAAAUUGUGAAGUACUAACGUACAUAUUUUAUCAUGUUUAAUUGUACUUAAUUUUAGAAAUGUUGUCUUUUAAUUUUUUCAAAGUUAUUUUUAAAAUCCAAGAGCUGAUUUCCUAACAUUGAUAAUAGUUGUCUCUGAGUGGUACCAAUUAUCCAUUAUGAAAACCUACUUAUUUUCUUGGGAUGUAAUUACUUGACAUUAUCAGUCUUGCACAGAACAGCGUCCUGCUUUGCCCCUUUUUCAUUCAAAUAGACAAUGAAAGAAGCUAAGAUUUUUGGAUUUAUGAUUGUUGUGAAGAACAAUGCCAACUGCAAGUGGAAAACAACAUGUAUAUGUAUGCACAAUAUGUCACCAAAUAACUAUUUUAACUUUUUUUAAAGAUCGAAAUAUGUUUACUAUGAAAAAAAGUGAUUAAAAUAUAUAAAUAUUUGUAUGACAUAUAAAUGUAAAAAAAUUAUCUAUAGUGUCAGGACUUCUUAAUUGUUGAAAUAUUCAGAUGCAUCUAUUAAAUCUAUUUUUGAUCUAUUUAUAAAACAAAUAAUCAUAUGUGUUUCUUUGUACAGUACAUUAACUUAAGAGUUCAGGUGCUUCAUUCAGUAUAUGUACAUGUAUGUCUCACUAAUGAUUUCUUCCAACUAUUGAUAUCACGUUCAACUCAUUUUUUUUCUUCUUUCAACUAAUUUACCAUAGUAUUUUACACCAUAUUCUCAGAAAAAUUUGAGAUGCAGUGCAACAGUCUGUAUUUGAGUAAUAUUAUUGUAGAAUUUUGCAUAAUCUGUAUGUAUUGUUGACUUAUUUUUGUGUCAAAUAGUACUAUGUAAAUGAUUUAGUGUUGUAUCUUUUUUAUCACUGCCAGUGUAAGAACAGUCCUACUGUUAGUUCUACAGUAGAACUAAUUAUGUAUGUAUGCAUUGUGGUAUGUGUUGUGUACCCUUUCAUAAAAUAUUUGAAGAUAUUUUUAUUGAUAUUGCAGCUGACAUGUUCAUCUGUAAUGAAUCACUGGUUAGGUCUGAAAAAGUUGUCAGUUUUUAGGUAAACAGUAACAACCUACUAUUGAGAAUGAAAAGUAGCAUGAAGAGGAAGUAACAUAGGGGAAUUUCCUCAUACUAAAAGAACAAAAAGAAUAAUGUUGAUGGGUGCAUCAGAUAAAUCAGAAGUUAGCAUUGAUGGUGUUUUUAAAAUUGUAAAUUUGAGGUUUGCGUUUGGAUUUUUAACUGGUUGAAAUGUGUUUGUAAUACAAAUAUGGUCUCUGCAAUAUGUCCCAUGCCAUGUACAUGUAUGAAAGAGAUACUGCAAUCUUGCGAUGUGUAUCUUACAAUAUAGUAUAUAGUCUAUUCCAAAUAAUAUGAGGAAAAUGAUUGAUCCCGUGUUAAGUUUCAUUUGAACGUUAUAGAUGUACUUCCCAGCAUUUCCUCAAUUUUUAACUCUGAUAUUGUCUUAGGAACUUAACAAGUUAACAUACAAGUCUCUCUUUUUUUAUUGAUUCAAAAGAAAAACAUAUUUCUUGAUGUUUGUAUAUUGUCCUCUUUGAAACAAAGUGGUUAAUUUUUCACACAGAAGACUGUCAGAUGUUGUAUACUGGUGUUUAGGUAUAAAUUACCAAUCCUUACUUAAUUGACCAUAUUAUCUACUUAAUUGACCAUAGAUCUACUUAAUUGACCAUAGAUCUACUUAUAUUAUGUCUUUCCAAAAUACAAAAAAAAAAAUAAAACAAUUAUAUGACAUUCAAUUACACAUAUCUGAAAUUUGAGAUUAAUCAAAAUUCAAAUUGAUUUUUUUUUGCCUCGAAUUCCAAAUUCUUGGUGUUUUCCAGUUUUAUAGUUACUAUAUUUUUUGAGCUAUUUUAACAUAAUUCUAUGGCUUUGCUGCAUCCUCCACUGUUUCUUCAAUGAUGAAAUGCAACGAUUAACAAUCAAAGACCUCUUGCAGGAUUUCCACUUGAAAGAUGCUGCUCUGACUCAUGAUAAGGUUCCUAUACCUAGUUAUGACUAAAUGAAUGGUUAUGAAGGAAUUACUUGUUUCUACAAAUGUUAUAUGUUUCCUGUCUUUUCAUGUUCUUUUUAAUUGCUUGUUAGAGAUUGUUGAUUUGGGCCAAAUGUAUGCAUUAUAUUGCAUGCUUGUAUUCUCUGCAACAGUUGUACUCACAUAACAUGUCAUAUGCAAAUUUAAGGCAUAUGUUGAUUUGUUAGUUCCUGAAUUGUGUUUAUAGAUUAUCAUUUGUCCCUCAUUUAUGCCAUUAUUCUGAUGCACACUUGUUCUUAGUUCUACCAUCUGUUUGCAAAGUGGUAGCAGGUUUCUAACAUCUCUUGUUUGUUACUAUAAAGGACAGACCAUUUAAUGAGAAAAUAUCUCCCCUUUUCUGUAAGAAAAACCUCCCAGGAAUAAGAAAGAUUAGAAUGGUCAGAUUACAGUGUAUGAAUGGUGACUUAUUUUAAAAACACGAGUUGCAUUUUUUUAAAAGAUUUUUUUUAAUGGAUUUCCUUUGUCAUUGAAUGAACUGUUAUAAGACUUUUUAUUGCUCUUUGGAAAGGCUGGUGCAAUCUACUGUAAAUUAUUUUUAUACAUGUUUUUGGUUAUUCUAGUCAGAGUAGGUCUCUAGCAUUAUUAGCUUCUGAUAUGUAAUGUAUGCAAGUCGAUUUCAAGAUAUUCUUUCAUGCCAGCCUAAUAGGAAGACUAUAAACCUGAGAAAAAAAAAUAUAAACCUGAAAGGUGGUCUUGAUUGGGGAUCGGUUGUUUCUGAUUUUUAUAUUUCAUCAUCUUACAACAUGAUCAAAUAGAAUUGGUGGUGGGAUAUCAAACUUACAUGCUUUCUUAUGCAAUAUUUUAUGUUAUGUAUUAUGUAGCAUAUACCGUAGAUGCUAAAGUAAAGUUAUGGAAUGCCUUAGAUGUGGCCGAAAGCAUGACAAAGAAACAGUUCUUCUUUCUUCUUCCAGAGUAAGGGCUUCUACAAGGUGAUGAAGAUAAACGCACUGGUUGAGUGUGUAUGUUUGGAACUUUUCACAUACUGUUAUUUCAUAAGCUCUUGUUCUUGUUGUGCAGGUGCGAAUAUACUUGUGUAAGUAAAAACAUUUUUGUUUGUGGUGUUUACCUUUGCAUCCCUCUCAAGAAGGCCUUGAAGGCGGGCUUGAAAGCAUCAACCGAGAGGUAAUGGGCUGAAUCCUGUCGGAGGUUGUUCCAGUCCUUACAGGUUCUUGGGAAGAAGAAAGAAGCAUAGGCCUGACUGCUGCAUGGGGUAUCCUAAAUCCAGAUAUGUGCCCCCUAGUUGAGGGAUUUUGUUGAUGAUAAUGAUGAUGAUGAUGAUGAUGAUGGUAAUGAUGAUGAUGGUAAUGAUGAUGAUGAUGAUGAUGUUGAUGAUGGUAAUGAUGAUGAUGUUGAUGAUGGUAAUGAUGAUGAUGAUGAUGAUGUUGAUGAUGGUAAUGAUGAUGAUGUUGAUGAUGGUAAUGGUGAUGAUGAUGAUGAUGGUAAUGAUGAUGAUGAUGAUGUUGAUGAUGGUAAUGAUGAUGAUGUUGAUGAUGGUAAUGAUGAUGAUGUUGAUGAUGGUAAUGAUGGUAAUGAUGAUGAUGGUAAUGAGUAUGAUAAUUAUCUUUAUAUGUUGUACAUUUCUUUUGACUCUGAAUAUAUUGGGUAUAGUUUGUGUUCAGUUUGCUUUUACAUUAUUUCAAGCUGGUGUUUCUUAUUUACUGGGUUCAUUCAUGGUUAGCCUUUGUUUCUGACAAAAUAACCGUCGAUUGUCUAUUGAAACUAAUUACUUUAUAUAAGGCAUAUCAGCACAGAGGAUUAUCCUUUGUUCAUCUAUCGUUGCACACCCCCCCCCCCACAAAAGAUUAAUCUUUUGUGAUGGGGGGUGGAUGCAAAAAUAGAUACACUGUAAAAAAUGAAGUGCUAAUUUAGCACUUACAGUGCUUGUAUAGUGACUGCACUACGAGUGCUGAUUUUCUAGUUCAAAUUUAAACUAGAAAAUCAGCACUCGUAGUGCAGUCACUAUACAAGCACUGUAAGUGCUAAAUUAGCACUUCAUUUUUUACAGUGUAUCCUUUGCGUUGAUGCCAAUGCUCAGGAUUAUCAGUAAAGCCAGAAUUAUUAAACUUGUGAUUAUUAUUUGGUAGAAGAAAGUUACAGUUGUCCAGAUAGUGGUAAUAUUCCAUUGAUGUAGGAUUUGAAUAAAACAUGUUAGUAUUGUGACAUUAUUUUUUGCAAACAACAUUCAUCUUUUGGGGAGAGGAAUCAAAUGAAGCUGUUUUUGUGGAUCUUUAUUCAUAUACAUGAACAUGUCAUUUUUGAGGUGUUGUAUUUAAGAAAGAAAGUUAUCACUUUAUGCUAUGAGAAUGUGUGUAUAAUUAUUACUGUUUAACAACAUAUUACAUCAUUGGGACUAUCAAAAUUAAAGUUCCUUUAUUCAUUUGCAGAAAACAAUA